AAAUACAGGGAGCUGCUUGUCAUCUUUACUUUGAGCCUCGGUUCUGAAGUUUUUUCUUUUCAUCAUUAAUGUAACCUUACCAGAAUUGUCCUUUACUGCAAAAGCUCUGCCUUAAUGGGGUCAGAUUUAGGGAGGAAUGCUUCGCCACGGUCCACAUUCUUUUUCUCAUAACUGCUAUCUGUAUUCGUGAAAACUGACAGGGAAAAUGAAGGAACACAGAGUCUUUGGCAGCUCUCCAUUUUCAUAGCUACAGGAGUUGAAAGCAUCAAUUUUCAUUUCAGGCUUUGAAUUGCUUGUAAUAGGGGUUUUUAGCAAGUCUUUGGUAGGCAGAUGAGGAAGAGUCUGGGGGCUGUUCACAAAAGGAGCAUUAAGGCAAACAAGAGAAUGAGCCCCAGGAGUAAAACCAACUGUGUGCGGGAGAAUUGGGAUCCAGACUUACACCGCCAAGGUGAGCUUCUCUCUGGCUCGCUAGACGCUUGGUAAAAUUGCUCACUGAUCGAGUGCUUCUGUUUGGUUACUUUGUGACUGGAAUCAGAGCCUGAUGAACAUUCCAUUGACAGUAAAAAGGCAGCAAGGUACAGCGAGGUUUGGGGCUCCAGGAUAUCUUCUUGAGGAAUGACAAAGGAUGUCUGAGGACUUACAACCAUGAUUUUUUGAGAGUGAAGCACUUACCCAGCAGUAGAUUAGGAUGGAAACACCCAGGGCAAUUGACCAGGUUAUUCUUACGGUAUGUCUUCCUUAACGGGAAACCAGCAAGCCUUUGGAAAAUUACAGCUUCUCGAAAGUUUGUCCUCUGUAAAGACACACAUUAGCUACAGUGGACUUUGUGACUUAUUACAGGCUGAGGAGAAACCUGUAUCCUCCCUCCCAGUAGCUUCCCUGCACCAUUUUCCAGCAUGCAGACUGAAGGUGUUGGAGUGAAAUGUUCUGCUUGCCAACCCGAGAGAAGGUGUUAAAAAAAAAAAAAAAAGUCUGUUACUUGCCAGUUUGAAAAUAUGUAUGUUCCCACAUGUUGUCAUUAAGAAAACUUCUUGUAGAUUGAGAUGGCUUUAAUCUAGAUGAAUUCUAAGUAUUUUAAUGUAUCUGUGAGAGGUAUUUCAUUUCACGUGUUAGAAUCACAACUUUUUUGAGGUGAAUAUUAUUCACAUUUUGAACUUACCAUAAAAUUCACCCUUUUUGCUAUACAUCCCUCUGAAUUUUAACAAAUACAUACAAUCAUGUAACCCACCACUUUGUUCGAGCCUGGUUCUGUCCCCGCUGCCAAAUUCUUUCCUAUAGCCCCUUUGUUUUCAGCCCCUUUCAAAACCCUCAGGCAAUCACAUCUCUUUUCUCUUCCUAAUAAUUCUGACUUUUUUCCAAAUGUCGUCUAAAUGGAAUCAUGCAGUAUGAAUCCUUUGGAUUUAGCUUCUUUCACUUAAUGAAAUGGAUUUCAGAUUCACCUAGGUCGUUGCUUGUAUCAUUAGUUCGUUCCUUUGUAUCGCUGCAUAGUAUUCCGUGGUAUGAAUGUACCACAGUAUAUUUACUCAGUCGUUAGUUGUAGGACAGUUGAAUUGUUUCCAACUGGGGGGGAUUAUGGAUACAGUUACUAAAGCAGCUUCUAAGGAAAGGAAGACAAUAGGCUUAGAGAGCUCCAGGGAAAGAAUUAGAUAUGUACUGGAGAGGUUUUGGGUAAACAUAGAUUUCCAUUUUGCUUGAGUAAAUACCUGAGAAGGGAGAUCUCUGGGUUAUGUGAAGACUGUGUUUAACUUUAUAAGAAACUAUCAAACUCUUUCCCAAAAGCUGUACCAUUUUGUGUCCUCCCUUGGCAUUGCGUAAGAGUUACAGCCGCUCCGCAUUUUCACUGGUAUUUGGUAUUGUCAAAGUAAAAAAGAAUUUUUUAGACUCUAGACUUUCUAAUAGUGCAGUAAUAUUUCAUGUGAUUUUAGUUUGUUUUCCAAAGGAUUAAAAUGUUGAACACUUUUUCGUGUCCUAUUUUGUCAUCUGUAGGUGGUCUUUGGUGAACUGUCCUCCCUCUAUUUUUCAAACGGGAUUUUCUUUGUAAAUCACAAAUCUUAAUGAAAUGUACAAACUAUCACUCAUUGGUGCUCACCAUUGGAUUGCCUGAUUUUAAAAAAGUAUCCCAAGAUGAUAUUUUCAAACAUUAUUUAUAAACAUCUUAUUUUAAACAUCUAGCUUAUGGCUGGGACAUCUUGGCUCUUGUCAUUGACUGACUGGACGAUCUUGGCAAGUCAUUUGACCUCUUAAGACUGGCUUAACGUCGUCUGUAACAUGGUCUUAACACCUAAUUGUUGAUGGUUGCUCAGAUUAAAUGAGUGCCUUGCAUAGAAACCAAUACAUAGUAGGCAUUCACUAAAUGAUCACUCUUAUUGCAAAUAUUGUCAGCACUACUGACUCAGGUAAAUUUAUGUAGGCAUGUCCUUCUCGCAUUAAUUUACCAUUUUAGCAUGAGUGUCUAGCAUCGUAUCCGGUGCAUGAAAGGCUUGAAUGAACUGGUUGCAUGAAUAAAUGCAUGAAAGAAAGCAUGCAUGCUGUUUAUGGUUGACCUGCCAAGAAUAUUGCAGAUACAGUUUUGUGAUGCACUGCCCUGAAUCUAGGAGUAUUUGUUGAGCUGUACCUUAGUUAUAUUUUCCAUUUAUUUUCGUGCCAUAGUUAUUGAUACCUUUUUAUCUACACACUUCAAAUUUAUGUUUAGGGAGCCCUGAGGGCAGAAGGAUUUGGGAUGCCGUGUGCUUGGCUUCUUCUUUCUGCCUUUCUAUAUUCUUUUUCAAAGGCCAAAAGGGCUGUGAAUCAUGAUUCAUUUUUAGGUUUCUCUUCAACUCGAGUGUGAUAUCUGCUAGUAAUUGCAAAGUAAAUCAUUGGCUUCCCAGCUGUGCCAAACAAACUCCAUUCUUCUGGAGGUGGCUGCCAAUUAUUUCUUGGCUGUUUUUAGGAUAGUGGAUAUGUUACAGGCUGGUCUUCCCUUUCUCCAAGAAAGAGGGCCUAGAGAUGGAGCCUUUGGGUUCCUAUGGCCUGACCCCAAUUUGAAGAAAUCGCUGACUUCGGCAGGGUGCUUUUCAGAACCUCAUCAAUUUCAGGUAUGGUUUCCUGAAACCACUCUUCCAAACCAUAAUAGCUGGUCUCUGCUGAGUCAGCCGUUAGAACUGGGUCAGAACCUCUCUUUCUGUAGGCUGAGCAAUACUUAAAACCAACUUUCCACGGAAAGGGAGAAAGUUAACUUGAAACCAGUUUGCUUUCUUUUGCAAAAGUAGCUUUUUGAGGCCAGGAGAAAUGGAAAUAGGUGUUCAGGAUGUCAGAGUCUAGCUGCUCUGUGAUGUGUUAAUUAUUUCAUGUUCCAUCUAGCUACGAACUUUGCACCACUGUCGCUAUGGAAAGUUCUCCACAGUGAACUACCUUUCAUAUUCUGAUAAUCCAUUUCACCUUGGAGAGGCUAGUAGAAGCAAUAAUUUCACCUUCAAGGAGAAAAUGACAAAGCUCUUCUUGGUACAGAUUUUCAAAGCAACUCUCUCGCCUGGUGAAUUACCACCUCACCUGAAUGUGUUUUUAGUUCCUCUUCAUUAAAAACUCCGUUAGAACAUUCCUUUGAGUCCUUACAGAGUCCUGUUCUUAAGCAUCAUCUUGGUUGUACCUAUUAGAACACUAAGAGCUGGUCUAUGGGGUGCACUUAUAAUGAGAAGGUAAAUGCACUUCAACUUUCUCCUGCUUCCAGCCUCCUUUCUGUUUCUGUUCGGUUUGUAAUUUUUUGUAGUUGUUGUCGGCAUAGCUGUUUCAAAAAAACAUUGCAGUCAGCACACACGCUUGCCCUAUCAUCAAUAAGGAACAGCGCUGUAACACUUAAGGAAGUCAGUAGAAUUCAGCAAAAAUGGGCUCUUGUGAGAGGUCAUGCAUGUAUUAUUUCCAUAUCACAGAGGCAAGCUAGCUCUAUCAUACUUAGCAGCCCAUUCGCACUAUGGCAUUGCCUCAUUGAACUGCCUUGCAAGAAUCAUGUUUGGACCGAGAAUAAUGAAAGUGAUGCCAUGAUAGAUUAGAAGGCAUUUUAAAAUCAGUUACAAGAUCUUUAAGUGGUAUUGGUCUGGGAGCAGUGAUAGCAUCCUGAAAGAAACGGGGCUUAAGUUUGGGAUUUUCCCUGUCCCGUAUGGUAGUUACCAGCCACCAGUGGCUACUAGAGAGCAUGUCUAAUGUGGCCAGUCUGAAUGAAGAUAUGCUGUUGAUGUAAAUAGACACCAUAUUUUGAAGGCUAAGUACCAAAAAAAGAAGGUAAGGUAUCUUAUUAAUAACUUUAUUGAUUGCAUGUUGAAAUUACAGUAAUCUGAUACGUUCAGUUGGAGUAAACACCUUACAAAAUUAAUUUCUCAUUUCUUUUUGCUUUUUCCAAUGUCAACCUACGUGAUUUAAAAUUACAUAUGUGGUUCACAUUAUGUCUUUAUUGGUGCAGCCAAAGGUUGUAGAAGCUAAAGUCCUAUCUCACGGCAGGGGUCACUUGCUAAAGGGGUGUAUCCGUGUUUGGAAAAUUCUCAUUCCUGCAACAAAGCCUGGGAGAGUUGGGGGAAGAUCAGAAGGGCCUGGGGUAAGUGAUGGCUAAAGUUUCUCCCCUGGAUAAUUGGGAUCGUGGUGGCCUUGGUGGGAAGUUCGCGAUGGAGAAAUGGGGGAACAAGGUCACAAAGCAAGGCAAAGCCCAGCAAUUUUUCUGGAGAAGAUUGCUUUCCACAGGAGUCCUAUUUGACCUCAUUUUCAUGCCCAGAACCCUCAUGUAUGUCAACAUUGGUGAGUCUCUCUCUGAUGUGAUGCACCUAAUAGGAAUUCUAAAAGCCUGCCACCUGAACUUGUGUGCUUCUGUGCUAUGUUUAAAAUCAUCCAUUUUGCUAAUCUUCCCAAGAAUAUUGGGGGGGGGGCUAUGUGUAAUGCUGUCAACUAUGAUUUUUUUCUUUUUGACCAGACCAUUAGGAGAGCAGGCUGAACACUGUGCCUCGUGUUCCUUCUAUGUGCUGGGUGCAAUCAGAAACUCAGAAUAAACAAAACCUGCAUUUCUUGUCCACAGACAGCUUCUUCAUUCCCCAGAUAUCGAGUGCUUAUUAUGAGCCACGCACUGUUCCAUGGCCAAGGAUACAAGCAAGAGAACAGUCUAAAAUCCCUGCCUUUGGGGUGUUUACAUCCUCUUAGAACCUGUAUGAUGUAGUUUAAAACAUUGAUCUGGAAGGAAUUUGCGAGCCACAGGGAAACUUGGGAUUUUGUAGCCCAAUCUAUUUAUUUAACAGAAUAACUGUCCCGUUACAUGGUCCUGUUACCUAGGGGCUAGUGCAAAGCCUCACACAUGGUAGGCAUCGAUUGUGUGUCAUUCACUCAAGAGAUAUUUUUUAAAUACCUUCUGUGUUCUAGGCCCUUUUUCUAAGUGUUGGGGAUAUAUUGGUGAACAGAGGAAAGAUUGCUGUUCUCAGGGAGCUUAGAUUCCAUCUGGGGGUGGUCUUGGUGAGUUAGACAAUGGCUAUGAAAUACAAGUUGGUGAUAUGGUAUGUCUGAAAUUGAUAAGCACUAAGAAAGGAGAAGGACAAGUAAAGCCAGGUAAGAGAUACUAGAAAUAUUGCAAAUAUGUGGGGUGAGAUGAUUGAGGGGAAUACGUUCCAGGUUAAGGGACCAGCCAGUGCAAAGUCACAAAAGCCGGAGCAUGUCUAACUUGUUUCAGCAGCAGCGGAGGGUGGCCGUGUGGCUGGACUAAAGUGUAUAAAGAGGAAGAAACACUGAUAUCAGAAGAUUAAGUCAAAGAGGUAUUAGGGAAUCAGAUUUAUAAUACAGGGUUUUAUAAUACAGGGUUUAGAGCAGAGAACUUCUGUGGUCUGACUUGUAUUUUUCGUUGAACUUUUUAAACACAUAGUAACAAUCUCCCUUAAAAACCUCCCUUAUUGGCAGACAGUUCUCUGAGCUUUAACAAAGGCACACAGUCUCGUAACCAUGAUUACAGUCAAGAUACAGAGUCAGUCAUUCCCACAAGCACCCUCAUACUGCCCCUUUGUUGACUUAACAUUUCAAAGGACAAUUCUGGAUGCUCUGUGGAUGUUAGACUACAGGGAGUCUAACUUCUGCUUAGAUGCAGAAGACUAGUUGGCAGGAAGACUCAUGCAGCUAUCAAGGCACAACCCGGUCUCCGAGAGAAGGAGAAGUGCCUGGCGUGGACUAUAACUUUCUGACUGUGAAGGAGUUCUUGGACCUCGAGCAGAGCGGGACCCUUCUGGAAGUCGGCACCUAUGAAGGAAACUAUUAUGGGACACCCAAACCUCCUAGCCAGCCAGUCAGUGGGAAAGUGAUCACGACGGAUGCCUUGCAAAGCCUUCAGUCUGGCUCCAAGCAGUCGACCCCAAAGCGAACCAAGUCCUACAAUGAUAUGCAAAAUGCUGGCAUAGUCCACACGGAGAAUGAGGAGGAGGAUGACGUUCCUGAAAUGAACAGUAGCUUUACAGCCGAUUCCGGUGCCCAGGAAGAGCACACUCUCCAAGAAACAGCGUUACCGCCUGUGAAUAGUAGCAUCGUCGCUGCUCCCAUCACGGACGCUUCUCAGAAGUUCCCUCAAUACCUACCUCUUUGUGCAGAGGAUAAUUUAGGUCCUCUACCCGAGAACUGGGAGAUGGCGUACACCGAAAAUGGAGAAGUCUAUUUUAUAGACCAUAACACGAAAACAACAUCUUGGUUAGACCCUCGGUGCCUGAACAAGCAGCAGAAGCCUCUGGAAGAGUGUGAAGAUGAUGAAGAAGGGGUCCACACCGAGGAGCUGGACAGUGAACUAGAACUACCUGCUGGUUGGGAAAAGAUUGAAGACCCUGUCUAUGGUAUCUACUAUGUAGACCACAUCAACAGGAAGACACAAUAUGAGAACCCGGUUCUAGAAGCCAAACGGAAGAAGCAGCUGGAGCAGCAGCAGCCGCAGCCACAGCCACAGCCGCAGCCAGAAGAAUGGACGGAACAUCACCCAUGUCUUGUGCCUCCUGUUACUCCAAACCACCCCCCGAGCAAUCCGGAGCCAGCCAGAGAAGCUCCACUUCAGGGCAAACCCUUUUUUACACGAAACCCUUCUGAGUUGAAAGGCAAGUUUAUUCACACGAAGCUGCGGAAAAGCAGUCGUGGCUUUGGCUUCACAGUUGUUGGAGGUGAUGAACCUGACGAGUUUCUGCAGAUCAAGAGCUUGGUCCUGGAUGGUCCUGCGGCAUUGGAUGGCAAGAUGGAAACAGGAGAUGUCAUUGUCAGCGUGAAUGACACCUGUGUUUUGGGACACACACACGCGCAAGUUGUGAAAAUCUUCCAGUCCAUUCCCAUCGGUGCCAGCGUGGACCUUGAACUCUGCCGAGGUUACCCGUUGCCUUUUGACCCAGAUGACCCCAAUACAAGUUUAGUGACUUCGGUAGCCAUUUUGGAUAAAGAACCAAUUAUUGUGAAUGGGCAAGAGACCUAUGAUUCGCCGGCCAGUCACAGCAGUAAAACAGGCAAAGUCAAUGGCAUGAAGGAUGCCAGGCCAAGCAGCCCUGCUGAUGUGGCUUCAAACGGUUCCCAUGGUUACCCCAAUGACACUGUCUCUUUGGCUUCCUCCAUAGCCACUCAGCCAGAGCUCAUAACUGUUCAUAUAGUCAAAGGCCCAAUGGGCUUUGGUUUUACUAUCGCGGACAGUCCUGGUGGCGGUGGCCAAAGAGUGAAACAGAUCGUGGACAGUCCAAGGUGCCGCGGCCUGAAAGAAGGGGAUCUUAUAGUGGAAGUUAAUAAGAAGAACGUGCAGGCUCUGACCCAUAAUCAAGUUGUGGAUAUGCUGAUUGAAUGUCCAAAGGGAAGUGAAGUCACACUGUUGGUGCAACGAGGAGGGUUGCCAGUUCCCAAGAAGAGCCCAAAGUCGCAACCACUGGAAAGAAAAGACAGCCAGAAUAGUUCUCAGCACAGUGUUUCCAGCCACCGGAGCCUGCACACGGCCUCCCCAAGCCACAGCACACAGGUGCUCCCCGAGUACCCACCUGCAGAGGCCCCAACUCCAGAUCAAACCGACAGCUCUGGGCAGAAAAAACCAGAUCCUUUUAAAAUCUGGGCCCAGUCCAGGAGCAUGUAUGAAAACCGACCUAUGUCACCUUCGCCUGCAUCGGGAUUGAGCAAGGGUGAAAGAGAAAGAGAAAUCAGUUCCACGAGUUUUGGAGAAUGUCAGAUUCCAGAUUACCAGGAACAGGACAUCUUUCUCUGGAGAAAAGAGACUGGAUUUGGAUUUAGGAUUCUGGGUGGAAAUGAACCAGGAGAACCUAUUUAUAUUGGUCACAUCGUACCACUGGGUGCUGCUGAUACAGACGGCCGCCUGAGGUCUGGGGAUGAAUUAAUCUGUGUGGAUGGGACACCGGUCAUUGGAAAAUCACACCAGCUUGUGGUCCAGCUUAUGCAACAAGCUGCCAAGCAAGGCCACGUCAAUCUCACUGUGCGGCGCAAAGUGGUGUUUACAGCCCCCAAAGCCGAGAACGAGGUGCCGUCGCCGGCCUCUUCCCACCAUAGCAGCAACCAGCCGGCGUCCCUGACGGAGGAGAAGCGCACCCCGCAGGGCAGCCAGAACUCCCUGAACACGGUGAGCUCGGGCAGCGGCAGCACCAGCGGCAUCGGCAGCGGCGGCGGCGGCGGCAGCGGCGUGGUGAGCGCGGCCGUGCAGCCCUACGACGUGGAGAUCCGGCGCGGCGAGAACGAGGGCUUCGGCUUCGUCAUCGUGUCCUCGGUGAGCAGGCCCGAGGCUGGCACGACUUUCGCAGGCAAUGCAUGUGUGGCUAUGCCUCACAAAAUAGGUCGGAUUAUUGAGGGGAGUCCCGCUGACCGAUGUGGCAAGCUGAAAGUGGGAGACCGGAUCCUGGCAGUGAAUGGAUGUUCCAUCACCAACAAGUCCCAUUCAGACAUUGUCAACCUAAUCAAGGAAGCAGGAAACACAGUUACCCUCCGCAUCAUUCCCGGGGAUGAGUCCUCAAAUGCCACUUUGUUGACCAACGCAGAGAAGAUUGCCACCAUCACCACCACACACGCCCCUUCUCAGCAAGGGGCCCAGGAGACCAGGAAUACCACCAAACCAAAGCCGGAAUCUCAGUUUGAGUUCAAAGCACCCCAGGCAACACAGGAGCAAGAUUUUUACACUGUGGAACUAGAGAGAGGAGCCAAGGGAUUUGGCUUUAGUCUUCGAGGGGGCCGAGAAUAUAACAUGGACCUCUAUGUUCUGCGCUUAGCAGAGGAUGGUCCAGCAGAAAGGUGUGGAAAGAUGAGGAUUGGUGAUGAAAUCUUAGAGAUCAAUGGCGAGACCACCAAAAACAUGAAGCAUUCUCGGGCUAUAGAACUGAUUAAGAAUGGUGGCCGCAGGGUGCGUCUGUUUCUGAAGCGGGGAGACGGCUCCGUACCAGAAUAUGACCCCAGCAGCGACCGCCUCGGCCCCGCCGCCGCCGGGGCACAAGGUGUUCCGGAAGUGAGGGCCGCGCCCCCCGACCGCCGACCGCAUCCGUCAUUGGAGUCCAGUUACCCACCCGAUCUUCACAAAUCAUCACCGCAUGGGGAAAAGCGGGCACACGUGAGAGACCCAAAAGGCAGCAGAGAGUAUAUCAGACACCCCACUGAGCAUCACACAUGGAACGGAACUUCUAGAAAACCCGACAGCGGGGCUUGCCGACCCAAGGACCGGGCAGCGGAGGGACGCAGAGAGGCACCCCCGGAGCGGCCGGUGCCCAAUGGCCCCAAGAGGAGGUCCCCGGAGAAGCGCAGAGAAGGCACCCGCAGCGCGGACACCACUCUGGAGAGGAGGGAGAAGCACGAGAAGAGACGAGACGUGUCUCCGGAGCGGAGGCGCGAGCGCUCGCCCACCCGCAGGAGGGACGGCUCGCCCGGCCAUCGGAGGCGCUCCCUCGAAAGACUCUUGGAUCACACGCGUUCCCCGGAGCGGAGGAGAGGGAGCUCGCCGGAGCGCAGGGCCAAGUCCACCGAGCGCAGGCGCGAGCGCUCCCUGGAGAAGAGGGGCAGGGAGGACAGGGUCGGCCACCGAGAGAGGGAAGAGCCCAGUCUGAGACAGGACGCGGGCAGAAGCUCCAGACACGCCCCCGAGCAGAGAAGGCGACCUUACAAAGAAUGUAGCACCGACCUCAGUAUCUGAGACUCCGAGGCACAUUCCAACCUUUACCGUGUCAAAGGUUCUAAGAGGAAGGUCACAAACGUGAAAUAAUUUAGUUUCUUACCUUGAGGAAGCGUCCGACCCCCGAUGAUCCUAUAAUAGCAACAAACAUUUUAUGCAUUUGAAAUCUUAUAAGAAAAAAGAAAAAAUAUAUAUAUAUAUGAAAAGUGUUGUGCCUGAUGUAUAAUAUUAAAGAAAGUAUUUUUAAAUGCAUACUUUUUUUGGAAAUUAUUUGCCAAAUGCUGCCCCGAAGGGAUAUAAAUUUUGUUUCUACGUGACCUGUAGAAUUGUCAAGAAUCGUUCCCUUAUGGGGGGCAGUCUUUUUCUCUCCUGGUUAAAUAGGACUGUUGAUCAUUUUCUCUAAGGGAAAUAAUUGAUUAAGUUUAAUUAAUUUGACGUAGAUUGUUAGGUAGUGAUGUAGUGCUAUCCUGUAGUUUAGGAGUUUUUCUUUAAAAAAAAGAGCAAAAAGGCAAAAGUUAUAUUUGUAGAAGCUGAGGACUCUUUGGGACAGAUUAGGAUUGUCAAUGAUCCUAAAAUUAAACUGUAUGAAGAGACUACUACUGCAAAUGAAGGAUAUUUAUAGCUAAACUACACAGCACAAAGAAAUGUUGCCUUCUCGAGUCAUAGUUGGUUCAGAAAACAGUUUGUACUCUCCCUGGCCAUAGAAAGGCACAGAGAGGAGAAGAUUGGCCGCCAUUGCCCAGACAUAGCCCAAGCACGGAUAGAUGAUCAGGUUCAUUAGUAUCACCAAUAUCUGAUAAGAUCUCAUUAAGGCAGCACCAUCACAGCUUUGCUCAACUACCGGAAGGAACCAACAGUGAACACCUGUGUUGUCUUGUCUGAUUUGAGGCCAAAUAGUGGAUCGAAUGGGGAACCAUGUGCCCAGUGGGAGGGAACCAUGAGAAUCCUCCACACAGAAAGUGUGUUCCCCCCUGUGUAGCGUAAGCCCCACUGGGGGCAAGGGAAUGAGCGCUGGUGGAAGUUCCCUCUCUGUUGAUAUUUAAAGAAGUGAGGGUUCGGGGUGCUUCUUCUUAGAAAUGCCCAUUUCCCUUUGAAACCAUAAUAAAAGUCUCCAGGAUGACUGAAAGGGAAAGCAAGACACAGUCCCAGUGGCUCUAGAUCGAGUUGGCAAACCUCUGCCCUCAUGACCCUGUCCUUUGAGUCUUUGGACAGCAGAACAAAGCAUAACAAUUUUUUUCUUUUUAGAAUGACCCAUUCUUUUGCAAUCCCGCAGGAGGUGCGGUUGGGUCGGCUCAUAGCCCCAGGAUGUGGUUGAAAUGGAUUACUGCCUAGCUGAGCCAAAACGUUUGCUUGUACCUGUUGGACCACUACAGCAAACCGCUGCUUAGGAUGCAUUGUGUAUUUCUGUAGUACUGUUUUGCAUUUCCCAUACAGACACACAACUUUGCAAGUCAAUCACUGUUGUUCUCAUGGUACUGUUUAAGGAAACAAUGAAAAAGGAAAAAAAAAAUGGAGAAAACCAGUCAGUCCUUGUGUGUACAGAGUUAAAAAUUGUAAUUAAUAGAGCCUGUUUAAAAAAAAAAACAACUGUUGCCUUUUUUUCUUGUAUAAAAGAGAAUUUAUGACAAAAAAUUUAGCUGUGAGGAAUGUGAUACGUGUUUAUAUUUCUGAAUAUGGAACAAAUUGAUUCAUUGGGAUAUAUUUUAAUGUAAUCUAAAUCAGGUAUGUAAAGCUGUUUUAAAAUGGGAGACAAUAUAAGUAAUUCUCUAAAGCUUUAGUCGGUUUGGAUACCAUCAUUUCCUCCAUGGGGAGCCUGCUUGUGAAUUAUUAAGCUCUGUUUGCAUUCUCUGUUCUGUUCUUCACUCAUUUCUUGCCGUGUGCUAUGGACUUAAUGCUCUUUCUGUAUUGAUGAAAAGCAGUAUGUGGGCCAAUCUUUUUAUAAAACACUAUGCAUAUAUAAAUAUCACAUUGUUCAUAGCUUUAUUUGACUUAUGGGUUUAUACAUAACAUAGAAUGAGUACCUAUAGCUGUGUGGACAUGUACAAAACUAGUUCCUUUCCUGGAACAGAGACCGUGUACAUUCUGUAGCUGCAAAGGAGGAAAAGGGUCUGUGACCGCGAUCUUUAUUAUCAGUUUUCCACGCGAAGCAAGCAUUGAGCUGUGGUAGGGAGGCCGAGGGAGAACACGACUGAACAAUGGCAUUCUUUUUCAUCAGGUUCCUAGGAGCCCACAUGGGGAUUUUAUUCCUAAGGCUCCACUGCUAGGAAUUUUCUCGCUGUUUCUAGCAAAAUCUGUGGUGUUAAAUGAUCGAUGCUCUCGCUUGUGGUCCAGAGUUUUAAAUAAAUGAAAUCAAGGUGGAUUUGGGGGAGUGCGUCGUGAAAUUAACAACUUAAUGUCUUUCUUGUCGUCAGAGGUGAUAUUUGACAUUUUAAAAUCUGUGUGCUACCCACCUGGGCUUAGUCUUCACCAGUCCGUGAAGACUUGAUGUGACAGUUUCCUCUGACUGCCACACAUCAGAUUUGCUUUGGGAAUACUGUACUGUACAGGGACUAUGCAUUAAGCAGAAAGAUCUAGUUUUCUCUGAACUACUGUAACCUUAGAUUGGAGACGGAUUCUUGUGAGCCUACUUUCCCUAAUCCCCCACUUCAUGUAAAUGUCUUGAUGAGAGAUGAUGGAUGAGUAUUUUGUAUGAUUAAAUCAAACCAUUGAAGAAUCCCCCACCCACCCGUUACACAGUUGAUGCCUGAAAGAAUGUUGGUUGGGGGGGUGGGGGAGAACUCAACACCCUACUUGUAUUUUUUAAGUUUCUUUUGUGAAAGAUUUUUUAAUGCAUUUUUACUGUAAAAAUACAUGGAAAUGUAUGCAUUCCAUAACCAC